AUGGAUAAGAACAGCAAAAUCGUUAUCGUUGGGGCAGGUAUUUUCGGCCUGUCUACGGCCGCCAAGCUUGCAUCGGAGGGCUACAAACAUGUCACGGUUGUCGAUCGCCACAUGCCGCCUGUUCCGGAUGGCUCCAGCUCAGAUAUCUCCCGUGUUAUCCGCUUCGACUAUGCCGAUGAGGACUAUCUUAACAUUGCAUACGAAGCCUACCUCAAGUGGUCCCAAUUGCCAAAAUAUAAAGGCAUCUUCUUCAAAUCACCGUACAUUCUCACUGGCAACACCAGCACACACGGCCGGGCCUGGAUUGAAAAGACGACCGCUGCGCUAACCAAGAAACAGCUGCCCUGGGCAAAGCUGGACAGUGCUGCGGCCGCGAAGAGUAGAUACCCUGUUCUAAGUGGGACUCUCGCGACGCCCAAUUUCACCGGCUACUAUAAUGAACAGGCAGGCUGGGCAGAUGCCAGCAAGGCUGUCAGCCAGCUUCGCGACGAUUGUCUUGAGCUUGGAGUGUCAUUCAUUUGCGGUCGUGCAGGUACAGUCAUUAGUCUCGACACAGACUCACAGAAGAAGAUCAAGGCUGUCAAGACUCUCGCGGGAACCUCGAUUGAAGGUGAUCACUUUAUCCUUGCUGCCGGUGCCUGGACCUCGGGAUUAGUAAUUGGCUACACGCCCCUUACAGAUGCUGAGGUGAAGAAGUACCAAGAUGUCCCCAUUUACGCCAACUUUAACACGGGUUGGUUCAACUUCCCUUCACACGAGGAUACCAAGACACUCAAAAUGGCUGUGCAUGGAUGGGGCUACACACGUGCGCCUACCGCCGAGGAUCACCAGAGUGUAAAGGCUAAUAUCUCGUCGCCCCCUCUGAUCCCCCCUCGUCAACGUGCCAACUUUACGCCUCCUGAUGGAGAGGACCGGCUCAGGACCGGACUGCGUGAGAUUCUCCCUGAAUUAGCCGAUCGUCCGUUUGAGCGCGUGGCCCUUUGCUGGUAUACAGACACGCCUUCGGGUGAUUUCAUUAUGGAUUCUCAUCCCGAUUACAAGAACCUUUUCGUCGCCGGUGGCGGUAGUGGGCACGCAUUCAAAUUCCUACCUGUGUUAGGCGACUACACUUUCCUUGCGUUCACAAAGCGUCUUCCAGAACAUCUGGCGCAGAAGUGGCGGUUCCGCACAGAGUACAAAGAUGACAAGGACACUUUCCAGGGAGAUGGAAGUCGUGGAGGGCCUGCCAGACGCGAAUUGCAUACCCAGGAAAAGGCAAAGCUAUAG